AUGAAACGAAUAAAGGAUAAAAAGCAACAACCACUUUUCCACGUAGAAUUGGUUGCUAAUGCAAACAAUAAAGGCAUUUAUAAAGUCAAUAAACUACUUAACUUAAUAGUUGAAGUUGAACCACCACAUCCCAAAAGAGAAAUUCCGCAAUGCCACAGGUGUCAACAUUUCGGACACACUCACAAAUAUUGCAAAUGCGUAAAAUGUACAGCCAAUCACUUGUCAUCCGAAUGUCCAAAUCCAACAUAA